AUGAAUUUCUUGUAAAAAGCAUAGGUAAACGUUUAAAAUAACAUAGAGUAAUUAGGAGGACUUUUUGAAUCUAGUUGGUCACUGAAAGUAGAGGCUGGUUAAAAAAUUACUUCAAUUGAUUAAAAUAGCAGAAAUGUAUAUAUUGGUUAUUAAAGUGGCACUAUAAAUAUAUAUCAAAUCAAUAGAAAUGGCUUAAAAUUAGAUUAUUUAAAAUCACAACAGUAGACAAAAAAUAAGAGAUUCUUCUCAUUUAAAAAUAGCAUUGAUAGUUUGAGAGAAUUUAACAAUUAUUUACUUAUUUUAAGCGAAGGAUCUGUCCUUUGUGCAGAUGGAGAUAGUUUAGAAAGUUUGGGAACUAUAGUCGAUAAAAAUUGUGUUAUGGUUGUAGUUAACGAAGUGUAGCAAGACAGAAUCUUAGUAUUAACAAAAAAGAAAGAAGUUCUUAUAUUUGAUUUAGAUGAAGCUCCUUUUAGAUUUAGAUAAUUAGAUAAAAAAAUAUAUUUGAGUGAAAUUCCUCAAUAAUUGAUCUUUUUUAAUGAAAUGAUCUUUUACACAACUUAUCGUAAAGAUUAUUGCUACUUAGAUAUAAAUACUAACUUAGAACCUAAAACUCUAAAUGUUCCAAAGAAUUAACAAUAGGCUUAUAUAAAAAUAAUUUCACCAGAAGAGAUGUUUGUUGUUAUAUCAAACAACACCGGUAUCUUUUUGACUCUUGAAGGAUAACCAAAGUAAAAGAGCACAAUUUAGCUAGAUGCCCAAAAAAUAGUGUUUAAUAUACACAUGUUGGAAUAGUUUUUAAUAGUUUUUUACGAAGGUAGCUUAAUUCAGAUAUUUAAUAUUGAUGAUUGCGUAUUAAUAUAGUAAAUGGAUAUUGCUAAUCGUUUAAAUGAGGGGAUUGUUAAAUUUGUUACAAACUACUAGAAUAAUUAAGUUGUUUAUUUUGGAUCUCAAACAGAAAUUAGGAAUUUGUACCUUGUUUCUUUUGAAGAUCAGAUAAGCAAACUUUUGCAAGAGUGCAAUAUUGAAUAAGCUAUGCAGAUAUUUAAUCAGCAUUAUUCGAAAUCAAACUCAAUGAGAUAGCAACGUCUUGAGGAAUUCAACAUAGAUGCUUGUUGGUCUCUGCUUAUGCACGGUAAAUUUAAUGAUGCAUAUAAAAUUAUUGAAGAUAAUUACAAAUAUGAUAUCAGAUAAUUUAUUGAUAGCUUUACUAAUGAUGACGAUAUUAACAUUGUGAUUGCCAAAAUUAAAAAAAAUAGAUUAACUGCCAUAGUUAAUAGUGGAAAGAGCACUACAAGUGCUACUUUAAAAAAUACAGAUAAAGAAUUUAGAGAAGAAAUUCUAAAAUUUUUAAUUAAAUUAUGCACUAAAAACAGAGAACAUUAUUUAAAAUUUUUAAAUAAUAAAGAUAUCACAUUCGAUUUUUAUUUAUCUAAUCAUUCUGCUAAAUUUUAUACUAUUUCAAGAGACAGACAUAAAUAUUCUUAUUCUUAAAAUGUUGCUAGUCUUUAAUCUUAUAUUGAGUAGCAGAAGAACUCUGAAAUGAAUAAUAGCUUAAUAAAAAGCACAAUAGAAUAAGAUAAUAAUUCUAUAAUUGUUCCAUAGGAUGUUGAAGAAGAAUUUGAUUAAAAUAUUACUGCAAAAUAAAUGCUUCAAUAAAUUGAUUUCUAUCUGAUAACAUAUUUGAUUAUGCAAAAUAAUGAAUAAGAGCUUAUUAGUGUUUUAAGUAAAAACUCCAAUAACUGCUAAGAUAAGUAUGAAGAGCUACUGCUUACACUUCAAUCACUUAUGUUUGUAGGUCCUAAGCAUAAUGAAGUCUUAUCAAGGUUUUAUGAAUACUUUUAGAAUUAUACAGAAGCUUUGCUUCUUUGGCAAGAAUGCAUUGAAAAUAAAAAAGAUUUGUAAGAAGCUUGUGAAAAUAUAGCAAGAAUUCUAAAAAUAUUUCCCAAAGAAAAACUAAUAAGCGACUUUUUCCCAUAUGUUAUGGAACAUAAACCAGAAAAAGCAAUUGAAGUAUUCGCAGUUUUAGAUCCAAAUAAAUAUCCACCAAGUUAAAUCAAAUAACUUAUCAUUUAAACUCCUAACAUAUCUUUAGAAGUUCGAAACUAACUUACAGGAAUUUACUUUGAAGUUCUCUGUAUGAAAUUCAAUUAUGUUGAUACUAAUGUCCAUAAUUCUCUAGCAGACUAUUAUGUUAGGUUCUUAUUUUCUAAGUAUCCUAAAGAAAAAACUUAUCAGGAAUUCAAGAAAGACAUGGAACAAGUAUAACAAAAAGGAUCUUUGAUAGAUUAAGAGUUUGUUGAAAAGUAUAAAAGUUUUGAUAAAUUUUUGAGAAACACAGAAAUGCUUUACGAUCCUGAAUUCAUUUUAAAAUUCAUAAACAACUCCUAUCUCCAAUAAUAGAUCAUUUUCCUUCUAUGUAAGCUUGAUUAACAGGAAAAAGCUUUGAGAAUUUUGAUUGAUCAAAAGGAUCAUGACACAGCUUAAGCACUGUGCAACCAAAAACAAGGCAAAUUAGUGCCAAUAUUAUUUAAAAUAUAUUUAGAAAAAUAUAAUGAAACAAUUGAGUAAGAUAUUUCAAACAAUAGCUUUAUAAGUACAUCUUCUAGACUUUCUUAAGUAGAAGUUACAAAAAGCAAAAACACUCAACAAAGCAAAGAAUCAAAAAAUGAGCAAAUGUUGUAUAAAAAUUAUUUAGAUGAUAUUUUAUACAAAUACAGCUAUUACCAAGAUUUAAAUCCUAUAGAUAUACUAAAUUUAAUUCCAGAUGACUGGGUGAUAGGCUCUUCUUCAUAAAUUAAGACUGUAACUGAAUAUGCUGAUUAAAAUUAAAUUAGAAAUAGGUAAAACAAUAAUUUUAUGAAUAGCGAUAAUACAAACGAAGAAAAUACUGCCCUGUACGAAUUCCUUACCUAAGCCCUCUCUGAGACACUUUAUGCUUAAAGGUAAGUAAGUUGUACUAAACAUGCCUCAGAAUCUUUGUUGCUAGAAAAUAAAAUUAAAUUAAUUAAUUGUAAAAAAGCCUAUAUAACAUGGUAUAAUGAUAGAAAAUGCGCAGCAUGCAAUAAAACCAUAACAGAGUCCACUAUCUUUGUUGUAUAUCCAAACGGUGUAGUUGCCCAUCAAAGUUGUGUCAGUAAAUCAUUAACAAUCUGCCCCGAAACAGGAUAAGACUUUGUUAAAACAUUCAAGCUUUGA